AUGUCAAGUCGACCUUCUAUUCCGACUGGUGUUGUCAGACUACACAUACGUCGUCGCAUUGCACCAGCCAUGGCGUCCGUAUACAAGCAGGUCGCAAAGCAGCCAAACGGCAAGUCCAAGGACAGUGGCGACGAUGUCAAGCCAAAGAACAAGCAACGAGUGCUCAUCUUGAGCUCCAGAGGUGUAACAUACAGACACCGACACCUCCUCUCCGACCUCAACUCCCUCCUCCCACAUUCCCGCAAAGACGCCAAACUCGACACCAAAACCCAACUCCACCAACUAAACGAACUCGCCGACCUCUACAACUGCAACAAUGUCAUGUUCUUCGAAGCGCGGAAAGGCAAAGACCUGUACAUCUGGCUCUCGAAACCUCCCAACGGGCCCACCGUCAAAAUGCACUGCCAAAAUGUCCACACCAUGGAAGAGCUGAACUUCACCGGAAACUGCUUGAAGGGAUCGAGACCGAUAUUGAGCUUCGACGCAGCAUUCGAAAAGCAGGCGCACACACGAGUAAUCAAAGAGCUUCUCACCCAUACCUUCGGCGUGCCCCAAACCUCCCGAAAGAUCAAACCCUUCGUAGACCACGUCGUGGGCUUUACUCUCGCCGACGGCAAGAUCUGGAUCCGCUGCUACCAAAUCACCGAAACCGAAGCCUCCAAGAAGAAAGAAGGCGACUCCGAAACACCUUCCGAUGCAUCAGCCCCGCAAUCAACAGUUGAGAAAUCCGCAAAGGGCGAGACACACGUCAGCUUGGUUGAAAUUGGACCAAGGUUUGUAAUGACGCCGAUUGUAAUUUUGGAGGGAAGUUUUGGUGGGCCGGUGAUUUACGAGAAUAAGGAGUUUGUGAGUCCGAACCAGAUCCGAAGUGAUUUGAGGAGGAGCAAGGCCGGGAGAUAUAACCGGAGGGCGGAGGCGACGAUUGAGAGGAAGGCGAAGAAGAGGGAUAUGGGGCUGAGGACGGGCGAGGGGACGAGGGAGAUUGAUGAGUUGGAUGAUCGGAUGGUGUUUGCUUGA